AUGCAUGCCCGAGCUCUCUCUAGCUAUAUAAGCACGGGCGCACGCCAGUGGACCACAACCCCAGAAAGAGGUCGACGUUCGAUCGAGAGAGCAGUGGCCGUGAAAAUGGAUCAGAAGAUGAUCAUAGUGUCCUCGGUCAUCGGUUCUCUAGGGGUGCUGAGCGCCAUCUUGGGGUUCUCAGCGGAGGGCACGAAGCUCACUGUUUGGACCGUGUACCGGUAUCGAGGGGUGUGCCUGUACCCGCAGAACCCCGCGCCGGGGCUCGGGGUCUGCGCGGCCAUCUUCGGCAUCGUAGCCCAGAUCGUCUUCGCGGUCGUGGGCGGCUGCUGCGGCUGCUGCAAGUCCCGCGCCAUCCCCUCGGAGACCAACCGGAUCGUCGGCGUCAUCUGCGCCGUCUUCUCAUGGAUCGCGGCCGUGGUCGCCUUCGGUCUGCUGGUGAACGGCGCGGCGUGGAACGCCACGGGGACGCGAGACUCGUCAUUGUACGGGUCUUGCUACGUCCUCAAGGACGGCAUCUUCGCCGGUGGAGCCGUGCUCACGCUCAUCGCCACGGCCCUCGGGCUCACCUCCUACAUCAUGCUCACCACGCAGCCAGCCACCACCGCUGCGGCCGCCGCGCCCAUGGAAGGCGAGCAGAUGCCGGCGGGCACCCCCGGGAUGGCGACGGGGCUGCCGCAGUUGCCGCAGGUUUCUCCCAAGGCCCAGGGGCACCCGAAGUUCCCUCCUGCCGCUUCUCCUUCUCCGGCACAAGGCUACGCAGUGCACACACCCAACCAGCAGCAGCCGGAGUUACCCCCUCUUCCUCUUCCUGCACAAGGCUACAGUCCGCACGCACGGGAUCCACAGAUGCCCGCUGCUUCUCCUGCUCCAGCUCAGGGCCAUGGACCGCACACGCCGAACCAGCAGGCCCUGCCUGAGCUGCCCCCGAAAGGACAUGAAAUGCUCGCGCGCCCCGUCUGAUCAACCGUGCAGGACCGCGCAUGCAGUCGUGCUAUAUUGCGUGAUUUCGACUGGUUAUGUGUGCUUGUUUACUGCUUUAUGUUUGCAGUUGAGAUUUCUUAUAUGUAA